ACCCAGACCUCACAUUUGAGACUAGGCUCUGCAUGUCUAACCAGAAAUGGCCUCCACCUUCAGCCCCAGAGAGUGUAAAUUGUCCAAACAAGAGGGGCAGAACUAUGGCUUCUUCCUGCGCAUUGAGAAGGACACGGAUGGCCACCUGGUCCGGGUGAUUGAGAAGGGGAGCCCAGCAGAGAAAGCAGGGCUCCUGGAUGGGGACAGAGUUCUCAGGAUCAAUGGUAUCUUUGUUGACAAGGAAGAGCACGCACAGGUGGUGGACCUGGUCAGAAAGAGCGGAAAUUCAGUGACUCUGCUGGUUCUGGACGGAGCCUCCUAUGAGAGGGCUAUUAAAAAACAGGUGGACUUGAAAGAAUUGGAUCAGAGCCAGGGGGAGCCAGCUUUCCAUGACAAGAAACCAGGUCCUGUGAUGAAUGGAGCAGUAGAGACUGCCCAGCCACGGCUCUGCUACCUGGUGAAGGAGGGCAGCAGCUUCGGUUUCUCCCUGAAAACCAUCCAAGGCAAAAAGGGCGUGUACCUGACUGACAUCACACCUCAGGGAGCGGCCAUGCGAGCUGGGGUCCUGGCCGAGGACCUCUUGGUGGAAGUGAACGGAGAAAAUGUGGAGAACGCCAAUCACGAGGAAGUGGUGGAAAAGGUGAAGAAGGCGGGGAGCCGUAUCGUGUUCCUCCUUGUGGACAAGGAGACUGCCAAGCGCCAUGAUGAACAGAAGACACAGUUCAAGAGGGAGACAGCCAGCUUGAAACUGCUGCCCCACCAGCCCCGGGUGGUGGUGAUCAGGAAGGGAAGCAAUGGCUACGGAUUCUACCUGAGGGCAGGCUCUGGACAGAAAGGUCAGAUCACCAAGGACAUAGAACCUGGAAGCCCAGCAGAGGCGGCUGGCUUGAAGGACAACGACCUGGUGGUUGCUGUCAACGGCGUGUCCGUGGAAGGCCUUGAUCACGACAGUGUGGUGGAAAUGAUCAAGGGGGGCGGAGACCAGACCACACUGCUGGUGGUGGACAAAGAGGCAGACAGCAUCUAUGGACUGGCUCGUUUUUCUCCACUUCUCUACUGCCAAAGUCAAGACCUGCCGAAUGGUUCUGUCAAGGAAGCCCCAGCUCCUGUCCCUGCUCCUCUGGAGGCCACAAGUCCAGACAGCACAGAGGAUGCGGGGGGUCAUAAACCCAGGCUCUGUAGGCUGAUUAAAGCUGACGGCAGCUAUGGCUUUCAUCUGAAUGCCAUUCGGGGUCAGCCGGGCUCCUUCGUCAAAGAGGUACAAAAGGGUGGCCCUGCGGACAAGGCUGGGCUGGAGGAUGAGGACGUCAUCAUUGAAGUGAAUGGGGAGAACGUGCAGGAGGAACCCUAUGAGAAAGUAGUGGACAGGAUCAAGAGCAGCGGGGAGCAUGUCACUCUCCUGGUCUGUGGAAAGAAGGCCUAUGACUACUUCCAAGCUAAGAAAAUCCCCAUCGUUUCCUCCAUGGCUGACCCCCUGGUCGUCUGUUCUGAUGACAGAGGAGGAACAUCAGCAGAGUCAGAGCAUGAUCCCCACACAGCAAGAGAAAGAACCCACAGCACAGCCUCACAUUCUUCUUCCAACUCUGAAGACACAGAGAUGUGAGGAGAACAAACCG